AACCUGAUCAGUCGUGGCACAGGUUCAACUCUAAAGUCAUCGCACCAACUCGCCACUUGGUUAGAUCUACAUGCAUGUGGAGGCAAAGAUGCUCCGAGCUUCACUUUGCACUUUUAUGUUCUUUUUUGUCGAAAUAGAUGCGUCCCGGGAACUGCCCAUGUGUAAAGAGUCAGAUUACCACUUUGAGUACACAGAAUGUGAUGUGCUGGGAUCACGCUGGAGAGUAGCAGUGCCCAAUAAGCCUGACACAUGUACCGGCCUCCCUGACCCUCUCAAAGGCACUCAGUGCACAUUCUUCUGUAGCGAAGGAGAGUUCCUGGACAUGAGCAGCCAGGAGUGUCAGAAGUGUGCAGCUGGGACCUAUUCCCUCGGGACAGGGGUGGCCUUCGAUGAGUGGGACGACCUGCCUGCAGGCUUUGUCACCCAUGCCAUGAACAUGCACGCAUCCGACAUCUACGCCAACUGUUCCAACUCCACUUGGACACCGAAGGGUGACUAUAUUGCCUCCAACACAGAUGAGUGCACCACCACCUUGUCCUAUGCAGUGAGCCUGAAGAAACCAGGCGCUGUCUCCUUUGAGUAUUUCUACCCCGACAGCAGCAUCUUCUUUCAGUUCUACGUUCAGAAUGACCAGUGUCAGUCCACAGACUCUGAGGGCCACUGGAUGAAGAUGUCUGAGAAUGACUGGACUCCCUACAGCGUCCAGCUAAACAGUGGCAACAAUGUGCUGUACUGGAGGAGCGCUGGGUUCGCCCUGAUGGGCAGCGCUGUCAAACCUGUGCUAUUGCGCAACAUCGCCAUUUCAGGGGUCGCGUACACCUCUGAGUGUUUCCAUUGUAAGCCUGGAACCUACAGUGCCAAGCCAGGAUCGGCCCACUGUGCCAGCUGUCCUGCUGAUUCCUAUUCCAACAAGGGUGCCACAGUUUGCCAACAGUGUGAGAAAGACAAAUAUGCAGAGCCAGGCUCAGCAAGCUGCAAGGCCAGACCUGCAUGCACGACCAACGACUACUUCUACACACACACUCCCUGUGACUCCAGAGGACAGACCCAGCUAAUGUAUAAGUGGACUGAGCCCAAGAUCUGCAGUGAGACAGCCAAGGGGGGGGUGUCUUUGCCAGGCUCGGGUGUGAUGGAGACCUGCCCCCCCUGUAACCCAGGCUUCUACGUCACCAACACCUCCGUCUGCAUGCCUUGCCCCCCCAGUUCCUACUCCAAUGGAACAGCCUGUUCAGACUGCCCUGUCGGCACAGCCCCUGAGGUGGGCUUUGAGUACAAAUGGUGGAACAAGAUGCCCAGCAACAUGAGGAGCUCCGUCUUCAGCAGAGAGUACAGCGACUCUCACAGGAGCACGGCAUGGGAGGUGGCGGGGGAGUACAUCUACACCACCCCAGGAGACCUGGACUCGGACUACAUGAUGCUCACUCUAACCAUCCCCGGAUACAGUCUGCCUCAAUCUGUGGCCAAAGACGAUGAAAGGAGGGAGCUUUCCCACAUCACCUUCGUCUUUGAGACCUCGUGCACAGCGGACUGCACGCUUCAUUUCCUGGCGGGCCACAAUGAGAGGAACAAUGAAGAGGUGGAGCGCUGGGCCGGCUCCAGCAGGAAGCAGUCAUACUCCUACCUGGUCAGGAGCAACAGCACCACCAGUUUCACCUGGGCCUUUCAGCGCACCGAGACAUAUAGCUCAGAACGACAGUACAGCGCGGACUUUGCCAAAAUGUACUCAGUCCUUGUGACCAACGUUGUGGGGGGCGUGGCUUCACGGUGUCACCACUGUGCCCUCGGUUCCUCCGGCGCGGGCUCCGCCUGCGUCCCAUGUCCCCCUGGACGCUACAUGGUCAACGGAACGGGGGUGUGCAGGAGUUGUCCGCCCAACACCUACAUCCUGGCUGAGCAUCAAGUAGGACAGGAUGCUUGUAUACCCUGUGGACCCAACACACACACCAACAAGGCCAGAUCAGCCUGUGUCAGCGACUGCAGUCUGGCUCUGCGCUCCGGCAGAGGGGAGUUGCUGCGCUACGACUUCUCUCCCAUGGCCAACGUCACCUGCUUCCAGAGUGGCUCACGCUUCACUAGCAAAGGCCUCAGAUACUUCCAUCACUUCAACAUGGCCCUAUGCGGAACGGAGGGUAGAAAGAUGGCCAGGUGUGUGGACAACGUGACAGAGAACAGAAGGGAGAUCGAAGGCUAUGCCUGCCAGUCCACCGUGGUUCCCUCAGACAUCAGGGGCCAGAGCAUGGUGUCUUCCCAGCCCUUCAGUAUUGGGGACAAGCUUGUCGGUGUGACCACAGAGACAAGCCUGAGUGGCAUCUCCUCUCUGCAGCACUCUUUCCCCAACCAGCAAGACCAUCCUGAUGUCAUCUUCUACUACAGGGCCAGUGAAACGACACAGGCGUGUAAAAAGGGCAGGUCCACAACCAUCCGACUGAGAUGUGAUCCCACUUUAACAGCCAAAGACCAGAUUACCCUGCCAAGCAACUGUUCUGAGGGCACAUGUGAUGGCUGCUCUUUCCACUUCCUAUGGCAGUCUCAGUACGCAUGUCCCCUCUGUACAGAGAGUCACUACAGGGAGAUAGUGAGCGCCUGCAUCCAGGGCAUUCAGAGAACCACCUAUGUGUGGGUGCAGCCCUUGCAGUGCACUGGCGGGGUAUACCUACCAGACCAGAAGGUGAGCGCCUGCGUGACCCUGGAUAUCUGGCUCAAAUUCGGAGUGACCACAGGAACGAUCGCUGCCCUUUUACUCAUCAGUCUCAGCUGCUACUUCUGGAAGAAGACACGCAAACUGCAGUAUAAGUACUCCAAGCUGGUCAUGAGCUCUGGGGAGAAGGAGUGUGAGCUCCCUGCUGCAGACAGCUGCGCCAUCAUGGAGGGAGAGGACGCAGAGGACGACCUCAUCUACCUCACCAAGAAAUCCUUCUUCACCAGGAUCAAGUCCUUCUCAAGAGAGAGAACCUCUGAUGGAUUUGAUUCUGUACCUCUGAAGUCCUCCUCAGGCCUGGACAUGGAGAUGAAUUAGAGCAGGGACAGAGCUACCUGUGUAGUACUCAAACAACAUGGGAUGUCAAAGUAGCAUUGUAUGAAUGGACCAACAAUACUGGAAGACGCAACAUGCAUUUACUAUAAAUGUCACCAUGAGGUUUCUUCACAAUAUAUGGGGAUGUACAGCCGUGGCCAAAAGUAUUGGGAGCGACAUACAUUUUGUGUUUCCAAAGCUUGCUGGGCCUUGGCAUAAAAUGACUGCUAACAUAAUUUCAGUAAGUCAUAUCAUCAGCACAGGGGAAAGUGUGAGGUAAUUGUAGCCAGGUGAAAUCACUCUAUCAUUCUGAUUGGCUUUUAAGACCAGAUUGACUGCUGUAAAAGAAGGGACUAUUUGCAUAUAUUAAAAUUCUCACCCCCCAAAAAACAAAAAAUAUGAAAUGUGCCUUAUUGUAUUCCAGUAUUCUAUAGAAACAUAUUAAAACAUUUUCCUCAAAUACUGAACCAGCAAACUUUGCAAAACACAACAUUUGUCAUUGCCAAAACUUAUUGCCAUGAGUAGAUUUUAUAUUUUUAUGAAUAAAAUUCAUUUUUACACUUUCACUUUAAUGCCUGGUGAACUUCUAUAAGGGAGUAUAAAUUGUAAAUGCUUUGUUGAUGUGUAGAGCAGUAGUGUAAAGGCUAUUACAUUUCUGUGGACUCUAUACUAUGCCUGUGGUUCAAUCCAUGAAUUAUAAUUGUUUGUUGUAUUCUUGUAAAUUUUUCAAAGAUAAAACAAGUUUGUUUAUGGAUUAUAGAUUGCAGCCGUUUAUACUGUUGUGUUGGUUAAAGUGUCAUGCUUGAAUGAUUGUUUAAUUAAUUUCAAGUGUUCUUACAAAACCAUGGAACAGUGCCUUAUGUGUAUUUUACUAAUAGUAUUAUCAGGAGCUAUAUUUAAUUAAUGUUUUGUUGACCAAAGAUUUCUUAUGCAUCAAUUCACGUGGAAUUUCAAUAUCGUAUAAAGAUAUUUGCGUCUUUGUCAAAAA